CAGUCGAUUAUUGUAUCUCUCUGUGUAAACACGCAAUUUUCCUUCAUAUCAGCUACAUGAUACUUCACCAGCGUAUAUAAAUGACGUGCUCACUGCUCCGAAAAUUCCAGCUGUUCACCGUUAAUGCACGUCUGCAUAUCAGAACGAUGUCAUUAAACUCUGACUUUGGUUUCUUAAAAGAGCUCGGUCUUGCCGGCGAAAAUUUGGGAACAUUCGAUGGUCAGUGGAAAGGAUCAGGUCCGGUAAUAGAAUCCAUUUCGCCGGGUAGUGGCAAGGUGAUAGCAAGGGUCCAUUCUUCGACACCAGAUGAAGCCAGGAAUGCUAUAACUAAGGCAAAGGAAGCCUGGCCUCAAUGGGCCUCGCUACCAGCACCUACCAGGGGUGAAAUCGUGCGCCAGAUUGGGAAUGAAUUGAGAGUGAAUCUAAAGCCUCUCGGAAAACUGGUCGCGUUAGAAAUGGGUAAAAUUUUGGCCGAAGGCAUUGGUGAGGUUCAGGAAUACGUUGACAUCUGUGAUUAUGCUGUCGGCUUGUCAAGGACACUUCCCGGAAGUUUCUUGCCCUCUGAAAGAAAGGAUCACGUUUUAAUUGAAAGAUGGAACCCACUUGGCGUUAUUGGAGUCAUCUCUGCAUUCAACUUCCCUGCAGCAGUUUAUGGAUGGAACAGCGCAAUAGCCAUGGUAUGUGGAAACACCAUUGUGUGGAAGGGGGCUCCUACAACACCAUUAGUUUCCAUUGCAACUACUAAGAUUGUUGCUAGAGUAUUAGAACGUAAUGGAAUUCCUGGUUCUGUGGCUUCACUCAUAACUGGCGAUGCAGAUAUUGGGACCGUGCUUGUUGAAGACAGACGUGUACCAUUAAUUUCGUUUACGGGAAGUACGGAGGCAGGGAAAAAAGUUGCUCUAAAAGUGCAAGAGCGAUUUGGAAAAUCUUUGUUAGAACUGGGUGGCAAUAACGCGCUCAUCGUCGCAAAAGACGCUGAUUUGGAUAUGGCCAUUCGAGCUGCUGUAUUUUCCUGUGUCGGUACCGCUGGCCAGAGAUGCACCACAACAAGAAGGCUUAUUUUACACGCUGAAAUAAAGAUAGAAUUUUUGGAGCGACUUAAAAAGGCGUUUGCAGCUGUACUAGAAAGGAUUGGUGAUCCAGUGGAAGAAAGUACCCUUUAUGGCCCAUUGCAUGGAUCACGCUCGGUAGAUGCCUACAAGCUAGCUAUAGAAAAAGCGGUGAAGGCAGGGGGACGUGUAGAAUUUGGUGGCAAGGUCAUUGACAGACCUGGAUUUUACGUUGAACCCACCAUAAUAUCUGGCUUGUCGCCAACUUCGGAGUUAGUCCGUCACGAAACAUUUGCUCCUAUUGUUUAUAUCUUCGAAGCCCAAUCACUGGAAGAAGCUGUAGCAGUGAAUAAUGACGUGGAGCAGGGAUUGAGUAGUUCUCUUUUCACCAAAAAUCUCGGAGAUAUAUUCAAGUGGAUUGGUCCGCUUGGCUCCGACUGUGGUAUAGUGAACGUAAAUAUCGGUACUAGCGGUGCCGAGAUUGGGGGAGCAUUCGGUGGAGAGAAGGCAACGGGUGGAGGAAGAGAAAGUGGAAGCGACGCAUGGAAGAACUACGCGAGACGAUCAACCAUAACGAUUAAUCAUGGGAGCGAACUUCCCCUGGCUCAAGGCAUAAAAUUCGAAUAAAAGCAGAGGACGCGGACAGGAAUAACUGGGGGGUGCAGAAUCAUACCAUAACGAAAAAUUAAUUUGCACUUUACAGUGUUGUACAAUAUCCCGAUGGGGGGAAGAGGGGGGCUCAGAAUGGAAAUGAAUUGAAAAUAAAUAAACACAGAAUUCUAUCUACAUAUAAA